AAUACCAAAAGUGCAAAAAUCAUUACUUUUACUUAACCCUCGCUAUACAAAACCAGGAAAACGAAGAAGACAGAGAACGGCGAUGGCGUUGAACAACGGCUUGCGUUCGUGUGCAUCAAAGCUCAUCACUUCAUCUGAAUCUAUUUUCUCCAAAACCGUGAAGAGAGAGUUCCACUCAACAGGUGUCAAGAGAAUGGGAGGGCAUGGACAUGACGAACCUUUUUACCUUCAUGCAAAACACAUGUACAACUUGGACAGGAUGUCAAACCAGAAGCUGAAGAUGACUCUUGGUGUCUGGUCUGCAGUCGCCAUUGGUGUUAUAGUACCAGUUUAUGCUGUCGAAUUCCAGCAAAAGAAAACUGCUUCGGGCUAGAUCAUCAUGCAAUUGCGUCUCCACCACAAUAAUGCUUGCCCUUGGAGCUUCCAUGUAUGAAGAUGAACCUAUUGAAUUAGAGAGCAUUAAAUAGCUUUCAGUUUUGACUUAGCUUUACCCUGGUGGUUGCUUUUCUUGUUUCUAUUUUGGCACAACAUUGGUAUGCCUAGUUCAUUAAUAAUAUUCUCUUAA